UGCCAGGUAACGGUUAACGUGGCGUCGAAGGAACAGUAUCACUGGGAUCUCAGAAGCAUUUCUUUAUUCUUUAUCGAAAGACAGUGUUCGUCUGCUGCACCCUAAUCAUCCUAGUUAUGAACCAUGGCGUUAACAAAUAUUAAGGAUGGCGAAUACACAGCCACAAUCUACAAAAUGAUCAAGGAUGGGCGCCACGCGGAAGCCGUUCACGUCCUCAGCAAUGAGCUGCAGAAACACCUUAAAUCCAGGGCCGCCCUAUCUCUGCUGGCCUACUGCUAUUACCACAUGCAAGACUUCAUCAACGCCGCUGAGUGCUACGAGCAGCUGACCCAGCUGCACCCCGAAGUUGAGGAGUACAAGGUGUAUUACGCCCAGUCUCUGUACGGGGCCUGCGCCUUCCCCGAGGCUAUGAGGGCCACCUUCCAGCUAGACAACCCCAGCAGCCAAACCAAGAUGAUAAAACUGCAGGCCGCUAUUAAAUAUGGGGAGGAAGAUUUUGCAGGAGCGAAGAGCCUGGUGGAGCAGCUGCCCCCGGACGACCCCGACUAUGAAGUGGACCUGGGCUGUUUGCUCUACAGAGAAGGAGAGUAUGAAGAAGCCUGUAAGAAGUUCAUAGCUUCCAUGCAAGUGGUGGGCUACCGGCCAGAUUUGUCGUACAACAUCGCCCUCUGUUACUACAGCCAGAAACUCUAUGGCCCGGCUAUGAAAUACAUCGCAGACAUCAUUGAACGCGGGAUCAGGGAGCACCCAGAGCUCAGUGUUGGCAUGACAACUGAGGGCAUCGAUGUGAGGAGUGUCGGCAACACGCUCGUUCUUCACGAAACCGCUCUCGUCGAGGCUUUUAACUUGAAGGCGGCUGUUGAAUACCAGCUGAAGAACUUUGAGGCUGCCCAGGAGGCCCUGACUGAUAUGCCCCCUAGAUCAGAAGAGGAGCUGGACCCGGUGACCCUCCACAACCAGGCCCUGAUGAACAUGGAGUCCAAGCCCAGCGAGGGUUUCGAGAAGCUGGCCUUCCUCCUGCAGCAGAACCCCUUUCCCCCAGUGACCUUCGGAAACCUGCUGCUGCUCUACUGUAAAUAUGAGUACUUUGACCUGGUUGCAGAUGUCCUGGCUGAAAAUGCUCAUUUGACCUACAAGUUCCUGUCUCCAUACCUCUACGAGUUCCUGGAUGCAAUGAUAACAUGUCAGACUGCCCCUGAGGAGGCCUUUCGAAAAUUCGAUGAGAUUGCCGCGAAACUUACGGAGCAGCUGCGGAAGCUGACCAAGCAGGUGCAGGAGGCAAGACAUAAUCGUGAAGAUGAGUUUCUGAAGAAGACCCUUCAGGAAUACGAUGAAGUCCUCGCGAAGUACAUCCCUGUCCUGAUGGCCCAGGCCAAGAUCUACUGGAACCGCGAGGACUACCAGAUGGUGGAGAAGAUCUUCCGCAAGUCGGUGGAGUUCUGCAAUGAGCACGACACCUGGAAGCUCAACGUGGCCCAUGUGCUCUUCAUGCAGGAGAACAAGUACAGGGAGGCCAUCGGCUUCUACGAGCCCAUCGUCAAGAAGCACUAUGACAACAUCCUCAAUGUCAGCGCGAUCGUCCUGGCCAACCUGUGUGUGUCGUACAUCAUGACGAGCCAGAAUGAGGAGGCCGAGGAACUGAUGAGAAAGAUCGAGAAGGAGGAGGAGCAGAUAUCGUACGACGACCCAGACAGAAAGGUGUUCCACCUGUGCAUUGUGAACCUGGUGAUAGGGACGCUGUACUGUGCCAAAGGAAAUUAUGACUUUGGUAUUUCCCGCGUGAUAAAAAGCCUGGAGCCGUACAAUAAGAAGCUGGGGACAGACACCUGGUUCUACGCCAAGCGAUGCUUCCUGUCCCUGUUGGAGAACAUGUCCAAGCACAUGCUGAUGCUGCGUGACUCCGUGGUGCAGGAGUGCGUGCAGUUCCUGGAACACUGCGAGGUCUAUGGAAGGGACGUUCCGGCGAUCAUCGAGCAGCCCCUGCAGGAGGACCGCGUCCACAUCGGCAAGAACACCGUCACCUACGAGGCCCGUCUGCUUAAAGCACUCAUGUAUGAGAUCAUCGGAUGGAACCAUUAGGCCACACCCCCAGCCCCGCCCCACCCAGUCUCUCUCGUGGGGCUUUGACCCGGUUCCUGCCUCAGCUUGCCUGCCUCAAGCAGCUGGAAGAUACACCCUGAUGUUUGUGCUCUGAGCAGCUGGUGCCCUCACACUGUGGGGGGGUGGGGGCGUCCCCAGCAACCCCAGUAACCCCAGCAUGGGGCAGAGAGUAGCACACAGAGCCAUGUGUGUAAAUAUUUAUUCCACCAGCAACUCACACUAUUUGACAGCGAUUAGGACAUUAUCACAUAUAUUUAUGCCGGGAAUCACAGACACCCAUUUACACGUAGGUAUAUCCUUAUACACUGUACAACAAGCUACAUGUUUUUCAUUUUAGUAUUUUUUUAAUAAAAGAAUGCAUAUAUGACAAAA